CAGACUCAGUUGAGUGACUACCAACCUAGCUAGCAACAGCAACCCAACCACAGAGCAGGCUGGGAUUAGGGAAUAACCUGAUUGCACAAAGAGAAAACGCUUCUGUUGUAGGAUACUGUACCUGCUGCACCCGCCAUGGCAAAUCGUAACCUGAAGCCGGUGAAUAUUCAGAAUAACGCUCCGUCCCCCAAGCCUGGAAACCCAAAGCGCACCACGGACUCCCCGUCUGCAGAGCGCUCGCAGAAGAUGGAGGCCGCCGCGACGCCAUCACCUAAAGUCUCCAGCCCCCCUCCAGAAGCUGAAGGAGAAAGCGAGCCGCAAGAAGUGACCCUGGACCUGAAGAGCUUCAGGAGACCUGGAGAAAAAACCUUCACACAGAGGUGCAGACUGUUUGUGGGCAACCUUCCUACAGACCUCACAGAGGACGACUUCAGAAAGCUGUUCGCUAAAUAUGGCGAGGCUAACGAGGUGUUCAUCAACCGAGAGCGAGGAUUCGGCUUCAUCCGGCUGGAAACCAGAACAUUAGCAGAGAUCGCCAAGGCUGAGUUGGAUGGCACAGUUCUGAGAAACAGGCCUAUUCGCAUUCGCUUUGCCACUCAUGGAGCUGCACUCACAGUUCGAAAUCUCUCACCAGUGGUUACCAAUGAGCUUCUAGAGCAGAGUUUUGCACAGUUUGGGCCAGUUGAGCGGGCAGUCGUAGUAGUAGAUGACCGUGGAAGACCCACAGGCAAGGGAAUUGUGGAGUUUUCUAAUAAACCUGCUGCAAGAAAGGCUCUUGAUCGGUGUGUUGAAGGUGCCCUUCUACUUACCACUUCCCCCCGUCCAGUUGUUGUAGAACCAACAGAACAGUUUGAUGAUGAAGAUGGCCUUCAAGAGAAGCUGUUGCAAAAAUCAGCACAAUAUUACAAGGAGAGGGAGCAGCCGCCACGCUUUGCUCAGCCAGGAACCUUUGAAUUUGAAUACUCAUCUCGCUGGAAGGCGCUUGAUGAAAUGGAAAAACAGCAGAGGGACCAGGUGAACAGGAACAUCCAAGAAGCCAAAGAGAAACUAGAGGCUGAGAUGGAGACAGCAAAACAUGAGCACCAGCUCAUGAUGAUGAGACAAGAUCUCAUGAGGCGUCAAGAAGAGUUGCGCCGCCUGGAGGAACUAAGAAACCAAGAACUGCAGAAGCGCAAGCAGAUGGAGAUGAGGCAUGAAGAAGAGCGGCGUAGACGUGAGGAGGAAAUGAUGCGCCACAGAGACCAGGAUGACAUGAGGCGCCAGGAUGAGAUGAGGCGCCAAAGUGACGGUUUUAAGCCUGGCUUUAUGGAUGGCAGAGAACAGGAUAUGAGAAUGAGUGAAAUGGGGGCGCGUGGAGCCAUUAAUAUGGGAGAUUCAUUUAACCCCGCCACUGCUGUUAGUGGUAACCAGGGCCCUACUCAAAUGAUGGGCAUGGGAAUGUCAGGCCGGGGUGGAGCCAUGGGGCCUGAGGCAUCAACAAAUAUGGGGGCACCCCUCAUUCCUGAUAACGGAGCGAUGCGUAAUGAGAGGUUUUCUAAGGGAGGACCUCCGCAGAUGGGUUCUCCCAUGGGUGGUCGACCUGGUGUUGACUCUCCCCAGCAGCAGCAAUCGCCUGUGAUGGGUGGUGCAGGCCCUGUGCCCAGUAUGGGUGGUCAGGGUGGCUUUGGGCAAGGAAACCCAGUGGGGGGUGGCUUUGAUGGGCCCAACAACAAACGUCGUAGAUACUAAGUUCACUUUUGUUCACCUUUAUUAUUGUGUGGAUCAGUUUUAGACCCAGAGCAUCCCUUGUCUUGCUUGAUACCAGCUGACACAUUCUUACGUCCUCAGUGGCACUGCUUUCUGACCAGCGCCAGCUUUUGUCCAGUGACCCAGAACCUUGACACAUAGCAUGAGCCAGGAUUAACGAUAAUGUGAACCAACAAAUCUGUUUAUUGCCUUAAUUGUGAUUGCAUUUAAGAGGGUGUCAGACUCUUGAUGGUCCACAGUGCACAGGUUGACUGCUUUUCCUUCGCUUCACACAUCUGAUUAUUGCUGAGCAUCUUGUGUAAUAAGCUCAUCAGUUGUGUUAGAUGUGGUAAAGCUGGGAUGGUACUGCACUGCACCUAGAACCUAGAAUUUGACACUUCUGCUAUAGGUCAUGUGUUGCUUUUUAAGCAUCUCUUUGCUGAGAUAGACAUAGUCUCUCUUGUCUUUUUAAAAUUUGCCUGAUUUUGUGGGAAUUUAAAACUUUCAUAUUGUCGCUGUCAUACAAAAACAUUAUCUCUCUUGUUCUUCAAUGAUGAAUGUUUCUGUUAUUUAUCAUUAUAGAACCAUUUCUACUGUUGGUUUAGCCAUCAUUAAAAACUUACAAUGUAUAGAACAGCUGGCAAAUUUAAAUAAUGUCAAGCAUAAAGAGGCAAGAGUUUUUUUGUUCAAUAGCGACAAUACAUUAUUGCUCCUGUUUGUGUGGUACCUUUGAUCCAUGUGGCCCAUAUUCUUUAGCUUGGCAAAAUGGUUUAAAAAAAUAUUUUAAAUGUCUAUUUAUUUUUUUUUUAGUUUUUUGUUUGAUUUCUUUUGUUUUCAUUGUCUGUCUUUAAAAAACAGUGUUUGGGAAAGGGCUGGACAAUAACUGUUCAAGCUUCUAUGUUCAAUGUGGGUGUUCUAGGCAGUUUUUCUGUGGCAAAUUAUAUCACGUACCAAAAUUAAGAAACUUAAUUUCUUAACUCUUAAAUUUCUUAAAAUUAGAAUAUUAAGAUACUUUAUUUCAGUAAUUCAGUUCAAAAUGUGAUUCAUAUUAUAUAGAUGUAUUACACACAUAGUGAUCUAUUUGCCCACACUGCCAAUAAUACCAAUUAGUAUAUAAUAUUCAAAUUUUUUUGAGACACUAAUUUUGAGUUUACAUUGGCUGUAAGCCAUAAAUAACAAUGAAAGAAUUAAAAGCUUAAAAUAGAUAACUCUGUGUUAUACAUCUAUAUAAUGAGUUUCACAUUUUGAACUGAAUUACUGAAAUAAAUAUUCUCAUUUUUUUAUAUUUACUUGUAAUUUGUGGCCAUACCGUCCAACCCCUACUAUUGGCCAAUAUUGUCCAGCCCCUACAUCUACUUUGGGGAAGUAAAGAAUAAGAGUUUCAUUUUCUUUAUUUUAUCCAAGUCCCAUGUCAUCAGGUAAAUGUUUUUAGUUCAGAGACUUGUUGCUGCUCAGCAAAGCCACACUACAAUAUCACUUGCACAACACCUGCAGUUACUGUGACAAUAUGUUCAAUACCUUUUUUAUUCUAGUGCAUCUCUUGUAUUUGAAAUGGAUAGUGAUGGUUUGCCUGUGUAUGUCAUGUAGAACGUGCAUGCCUUCUAGCAGUAUUUUUUUUUUUUCAGUGAAGUUUUGAAUGUUAUUGAGUUGUUCUGCUUUCUCCUAAAUUGCAGUCCUUUGAAAUAAAAAUGCUUACCAACA